AGAGCCAGCUCCGGCGUAUAUAAUAUAUGUGAUUACGUAUCUAGAGAGAGAUGUAUAUAAAAGGGUGCUCAUGCUGACCUCAUGAUGAGAAACGAGCCAAUUCCUGCUUGCAAAGGGAAUGUUUUAUGUGCAGGAACGCGAUGCUCCUGUGCUGGCUGUGACAGACCCCGGCGGGGUGCGAAGGUGCCCGACCUCCCCAAAAGAAGAGACUGGCCCGGUGGUCCCCGGGCUCUGCAGCAAGCUGCUCGCCUGCAAGAACAGACCAUGCCCAGGCCCUGCCGAGGCUCCCGCGGCAGCGCGUUAGAUCCCAAGGAGGAAUGCUUUACAGAUAAAUCAGUGCUUGCCCAGCCAACAUUUAUUUUUGAAAAGAAGGACCGUUCUUUGAAGCGGCCUGCAGAAGACCCAGUUUGCAAAGCUGAAAAUGAUUUCAUUAGCUGUUCCAGCAAACGUGCAAGAUCAUCAUCUUUGACUUUCCAGAAGUCUGACUCUCAGUCUGAUACUGAUACAGCUCUCACACAGCAAAGAGGGAGAUCAUCUUCAUUUAACAUCCUUCCUACUUUCCCUCCCUCCCAGACAGUAAAGAAGAAUAACAUAUUCAUGACCUCAGCUCUUCUCCAAAGAAAUCCUGACAUCAUCAAAAGUACAAGAGAAGGAUCCUUGUCACCAAGUCAAUUGUGGAAUGUUAUUAGACCUGCCACUUUACAGCCCCCACAAGCCCUGACCUGUCCUGAAAUUCCUGUAGUAUCUCUAAUGACUAAGAAAGAAGCAUGUGUUCAGCUAUCUGAAGACAGCUCUUAUUCAUCCACUGAGAAUUCAGUAAAUUCCAAAACAGCAGUGGGGUCAUCUAGUACCAUGAGUCUUUCCAGCUCUCAAAAAACACAAAGUCAGUUGCUCAAAGAAAGAAGUGUACAAAACAGCAGCAAUUCUGAUUUUGUGUUUGGAGAAAACAUGGUUGAAAGAGUUUUGGUUGGAUCUGCACAUGCUGGCAGACUUUUUAUCAAGAGUCCUGAAAGGCAUCCCAAGCUGUGUAAAGAAGCUGAUUUACACAAAGGAGAAAUAAUAUCCAUGUCCACAGGAUCUUCUCAUGUCAGGCCACAAACAAAAAGACCUUUGUUGAGGAAUGCAACACUAAUUGAAUCAGCAGCUGCUUGUGUUUCCAAGCCAGUGAACAAAAUCCUGUUAGAUAAAGUUGAAGUUAUAACUGGAGAAGAAGCAGAACAAAAUGUAUUGCAGAUUAACUGCAAGCUCUUUGUAUUUAAUAAGCUUUCUUUAAGCUGGACUGAAAGAGGCAGAGGAUCCCUGAGGCUUAAUGACACUUCUAGCAAUAAACAUGGAAUGUUGCAGUCAAGGCUAAUUAUGCGAAAUCAAGGUAGCUUGAGACUGAUACUCAACACCCAACUCUGGGAACAAAUGGUUAUAAAAAGAGCAAACAGAAAAAGCCUGUGCUUCACUGCAACAGAUCAAGAGGACCAUUCUGUUCAAGUAUUUCUAGCUCAGGCAAGCUCAAAAGACACUGAGCACCUGUAUGCAGCAAUACAUCAUCGCCUUGUGGCCUUGCGAAGCUUUGCUGAGCAAGAGCCAGAUGCUCAUCAAGGAGACACAGAGUCAGAAACAGCUUUUCAGCCAUUAAACUGUGAUAGUGAUGAUGAAGAUGAUGAAGAACUAACUCAAGUGAGCAGUACUGGAUCUGAUGAGUCAAAGUCACAGAGAUUACGCACCAAAACCACUUUCUCAUAACCAAUGAGCUGUUUGAAGAUCAUUCUAGAUGGAACCGCAGGCAGUCUGUUGUCUGCUCAUGAUAUCUGCAGAAGUUACAACAGCUCAGCUGGGAACUCAUCUUCCCAAAACGUCUAAGCUGACUUAUCAACCCCUGGAGGGAGGAAAUCAGAUGCAUAUUACUUUAUUACUUUUAAGUAGAGAUUAAUUUUAGAGACAGCUUAAGUUUAAUUCAUUGAGAAAGAACUUCAGAUGCACUAUUGAGGAUUCCAGCAGCCUGCUUUGCACUGAGCUGUGAAUAACACCAUGGCUUCCAAUACUCAAGAACUGUUACAAAGUCUUUCAAUGUUAGAAUUAAAUAUAUUUAGAUGCAUUAUUAGAGUGAGGAAUUUUAUAGAGAAUAAGUGCUUGUUCAUCAUAUUGAUGGAUAAUACCACAUAAGCAUCAACUAAUAAUAUAUGUAAACAGAUAUUUGUUACUUUUAAUCUAUUAUUUAAAAGAUACAGUUGGAAAGCUUUAAAUUUUGCUUCACUGAAAACAUUUAUUUAAAACUGUGCUGUAACAUUCAGCAUCCUAUUUGUAAGCAAAUACAUGCAAGCAAAACCUGGGGUGGCAGUUUAGCAUGACCAAGGCCUAUAGAAACUAGCCCCUAUAGAAACCCCCUCCCUGUAUUUAUUUUUAAAAUAUCUGGAGUGGUAUACUUGCUGCAGAAUUUUGUUUAAGGAAAAAGAACGAUGAUCUGCAUCUUUCAGCUGUAUGCGCCAAAAGAAUUCACCAUGAGGAAGUAAAAGUUCAUUCUAAGGGCUACAUCAGCUUUAAAAUUUAAAGUAUAGCUGCUUGCUCAUGAACACCUUUCUAGCUGAACAAAACAAACACCUGCACUUGUGUAUAUUAAUUGUCCAUUUGAUAUACACACAUAAAUGCAUGCACAGUACAACAGGAUAUCUACAUUCAAAAACCUCUUCAAUGUGUGAGAUUAUCUAAGAUUACUUCUGCCUUAGCUGUAGCUAUUCCUAACAGCAUCAUUCAUGAGUAUGUUACCCAUUCUCAUGUGCACAAUAAUCCCAACUGUGGCCAAAACACAGUUGCUCUGUAAAAGUCAUUUCACAAACUAAUGCCUUCUACCUAAACAUUUUUGUGAGAAAAAAAACUCCAAUUCAACCUGUGAAUCGAGACUUGCAGGGUCAUUCAUAAGCCCAUGCACAGUAAGACAUACCACUUACGCUCCAUGUUUUCAUUCUGUCAAAAACAGAAUUUGCCUGCAGUCUCUCCACUGCCACUUCCCUGAAGUCCUGCAUAUUGUUUGUCAUCCUCAAAGCUGAAACAAUGUUCUGAAAUAUAUCAAGUCCUUUUAAUUAAGGUAAUUGUAAUGAUUUCUCAAGCUAAAAAGCUGCAACACACCUGAUCACUCAAGUUACAAUUUAGUUUUCCCACCUGAACAUGGUAUGAAGUUGGAACAAUAUUUAAUUUCUUCCGGAAUUCUCAGUGCACUGCCAAGUUUAGUAUCCAGAUGAAGCUGAAAUAGUUGUCUGGAUUACACUGAAUGUAAUGACUCACCAAAAUUAGCACUUGCCUGACAUUGAUUUAGCAUCUGGGUGACAGUAAAUUUAAGUACAACUUGAUUUCUGCCUUCAGGAAAAAGGGAGUGCUUCCCAACAGAGCACCUGUGUCAAACAGUGAAGCAUGGGGAUUCUCUUUGAUUCCUCUAUAAUAAUAAAUAAAUAAAUGCCAGUAAUAAAAAUAUUGUUUCCAUAA